AUGAGCAAAGUCAAACCGCCAAAGUCCAAGGGCGUCCCAAACAAGCAUCUGCAUGUUCGUUUGAGCUACCUCUAUCAGGCAGCCACGUAUCUCACUUUGCAAACCACGAUACAAGACACAAUCACGACUGGUGUUGCCCUAGACGAACAAACUGAUUCUCAUGAUACGGCCAAAACUCAGAGACAAUCACCACUUGCGCUAGAGCUCGGGUCAGAUAUCCAACAGGUGUCACGAAAAGGCCAGCUGCGGCUUGCUGUUGACUUGAAGCGCUCCAUGUGCAAAAGCUGUAACGCUGUUCUUAUCCCUGGGCGUACUGCGACUCAAGUCAUCGAAAAUCUCAGCAAAGGCGGCAAGAAGCCUUGGGCAGAUGUACUCGUUGUUACAUGCAAUCUUUGUGGCGGCAAGAAGAGAUUUCCGGUGGAUGCUAAGAGACAGCUAAAGAAGGCUAAGAGGAGGACUGUUCCUGUUGCUACCACGUCGAUUACCGCAUCAGAGGAAGACCUAUGUUCAGUCACGACAGUACCUACAGGGUCUGAGUGA